CUGUGAGCGAACAUAAACGGGGUGGGGCUUUUGCACGCACGCACGUGCCCCGCCCCUCGCCUGACCUAAAUAUGGAGCGGUUUGGAGAAGGUUCCAAGAAGAGAAAAAGGCGUGACUCUGGGAUAAAACCAGGGAGGAAUAAGCAACCUAGACUUGAGGUUGUAGGUAAGCUUACGAGUGCCCUGAACUGGGCUUGGGAAGUUUCCACUAGCACUGAAGGCCCAGCUUACUAGGGCUGCUAGCUAAUAAGCCCAAGUUUCGUGCAGAACCAGUAUAAAGAGGCAGAUUUUGAAAAACGUAUGAUAAAUUUCCUGCUGACGAUCCUCUUGACAUGACUUAAUGUCACAGUCCAACUGAGAAGCUGUCAUGUAUGCCCAUGCAUAAAUAGGUUUAGUUUAGAAUCUUGAGGCUUGUUAUUAGUUAUCGAAUGCGUACUAUGCCAUAAGAAUAACUGGUAGGUUACGAGCUAUAAACAAUGGAAAAUGCUGACCAGCAGGUUUCGUGACUAGUCGAUAAAAUGAAGAACCAACCUAUGAAGUGUUACGCAUCAAAAUAAUCAUCAGCUCGGCACAAUUUUGGUGGUAGAGUAUGGGAGCUCUACUGUUGAUUGACUGUGACCAGAUGGUGCAUGUUUAACUCUUUUGGUCUCUCAAUAGCUGUGGAGCCAUCCCUGUCACUGUUACCUGACAAUGUUGUCCUGAAGAUUAUGUCAUUUCUUGAUGUACCCUCAAUGAUGUCCCUAGCCAGAAUAAACCGUCGCUUCUACCUCCUACACUCUGAUGAGUACAUUUGGAGUGAUGUCGAUCUUAGUACUGUGCCAAAGUUGGAUGUACAACGAAUGAAGAAGUUUAUUAGAGAGAAGCUGCAUCCUGCAUUGUGGAGACUGACCCUGCGGUCUAAUGCAAUAGAAUGUCAGAGAAGGCCCAAGAUGCGCCCUAUUAUAACAGGUGCUGCUUUGGAUGAGCUAUUCAAAAAGUGCCCAAAUAUUCAAACCAUCACACUUGACAAUGUUGAUUUAUCACAGUUGCCUCCUGAGUGUCUGCUGUGGUCUAGUAGUCGUAUGGAGAGAAUCACGUUCUCACGUUGUGUGGCUCCUUUCAAAUGGCUUGAAAAGGCCAAACCGCAUUGGCCAAAUCUGAAGCACCUCUACCUGCCCUACACCACCAAGACUUCUGACCAUGACCUCCAGUACCUAGCUUCUCUGAGAGCUAGUGUACAUCCACCUGCUCCUACUCUGAUUCAUUUGAGUCUGACAAACUGCUAUCGUAUAGGGAAAGCUGGAAUACAGUCCAUUUGUGACUCAUUUCCAAAUUUAGUGAUGUUGGAUGUAUCAGACUGCAGUGGCUUAACUCCCGAAUGCUUACUUCUCAUAGCGGAGCACAUGAUCAAGCUGAAGGAACUCAACAUAUCCAACAGUGUGGCCAUGGAUUCCUUGGAGAGUGCAGAUACUUUGCUCUCGAAACUACGAGCCAAUUGCACUCACUUACAACAGCUAACUUUGUCUCCAGGACAGCUAUACUUUCAUGAUGAUAGAUGCUCAGAAAUUAAUAUGGUCAGAUUAAAUCAACUUCGAUUCAAAGUUGUAUUUGUGUAAAUUGCAUUAUUGUUGGUGUGAGUGAAAAUUCCCUGCAUUCGCUAUAUAAGCUAACCACUGUAGUUAACCCUCGGAACGCAUGCGCAGCCAAGC